AUGACUGCGACUUCAGCCAGUAAGGCAACACGUGACCGGUCAUGCGUGGACAUCAUGUACGCUAACAAACACAGGAUCAAGAAAAGCGCUCCGCCUGUUUUUCGCCGCGAGGUCACCAACAGCGACUUUGCGGGAAGAAACAAGAAACUCAAAGAUCGAAAGUACAAGGCGCCAGAAAGCAAAUGGAAGCGGAAACGUUACGGGCCGCAGAAACGAAGUCUCGGCGAUAACGAACAAGACAAAAAGUUCCAUGGUUACGACUCUGAUGAUGAGGAUAACGAAGUUGAGGUUAUACCUCAAGAGACACUUGCUGAGAAACUGCACGUGAAGGACAUCGACCUUCACAUUGACGAAAACACGAGUAAACACCGGACGGACAUGUUCGAGUGUACGGAGAAACGGACGUACAAUGGCGAGGAGCUGGAAGCGAAUCUUCUUAUACGACGAGGUGAAGAGUUCGAAAUAACCAUCGAGUUCGACAGACCGUACAACAAAGAGGAGCAUGACAUGUGUCUGUGUUUCAAAACGGGAAAUUCUCCAAACAGAAAAAGAAAGACUUUAGCUACAUUCCCCUUGGACGAGACUGGAACAGUCAAAUACAAACCCAACUUCUGGGGGGCCAGGAUUGUGAGUCGUGAUGGUAACAAGAUGACCAUCGCCGUGUUCGUGCCGUCUGACUGUCCCAUUGGACACUGGAAGUUCAUCGUCAAGACGAUAGUGCAGGGAGAAAACAAGGGUGAUGUCGAGAUAUGGGAAUACAUUUGGCCUGAUGAUCCAACCAUUCUACUGAAUCCAUGGUGCAAAGAGGAUGAGGUGUAUAUGUCGGACACGGAGCUGCUAAACGAAUACGUCUUGAACGACGACGGCGUCUUAUUUCAAGGAACAUUCAAGCAAAUCGGACCAAAACCGUGGUAUUUUGGACAGUUUGAUAACGGUAUUCUAGACUCUGCUUUGCACCUGGUCAGAAAAGGUUUUGGAUAUAAAGUGUCUUCGUCGAUGGGCAGUGCAGUGCAGAUUUCACGAGCUUUAAGCAAGAUGGUGAACAACUGCGACGAUAACGGCGUCCUGGCGGGCAACUGGAGCGGCAAGUACGCCGGGGGCAAAUCGCCCACCUCCUGGUGCGGCAGUGUGAAGAUUCUCCGACAGUACAUGACGUCACAUAAACCUGUCAAGUUCGGACAGUGUUGGGUCUUCUCCGGGAUUCUCACCACAGUAUGCCGAGCUGUUGGGCUGCCGUGCCGCAGUAUCACAAAUUUCGCGUCGGCACACGACUCGGACACAACUCUGACCAUUGACAAGUUCUUUGACGAAACUUCCGACGGCGAUCUCGUGUUGGACGAGCGAAUGACGGACGACAGUGUGUGGAAUUUCCACCUGUGGAAUGAAGUGUGGAUGAAGAGAGAGGAUCUUGGAGACGACUGUGAUGGCUGGCAGGUGAUCGACUCCACACCUCAGGAAAAGAGUGAUGGUGUCUAUUGUUGCGGCCCUGCACCAGUGGUGGCAAUCAAACGUGGUGAUGUACUGAAAGGGUUCGAUACUCCGUUCGUGUUCAGUGAGGUGAACGCCGACCUCAUUCACUGGAGGAAAACUCCACACGCGGAAUAUGAAGUUAUUAAAAGGGCUCCAAACGCGAUUGGGCGAUGUAUCAGCACCCACAAGCCGACUGGCAAACCGUACCGAGGUAAAACCAUCUUCUUUGGGUUGUUCGGAGACGACGAGAGAGAAGACGUCACCAUUCAGUACAAACACCCAGAAGGAUCCAGGAGGGAGAGAUUUGCUGUCGCUAGUGCUGUCUCUACAGCUCCCAAACGACACUCCAGUGUUGACACAGACCCGUAUGUCACAGAAAUUGAGACGGGAGUAGUUCUCGAAAUCGACUUUGAUGAGGAUGUUUUUCCUGGCACAGAUUUCAGCAUAAAAGUUCUGGCAAAAAAUUCCACGGAUCAAACUCGCGUCUGCCGUGUGACCGUCAAGCUUACAGCGACGAUGUACACCGGGGAACCGGUCGGGAACGAACCAUUCCACCGAGAGAGAUUUGACGUGUGUCCUAUACGACCUGGCAAAGAGAAAAAGUUUACCACAAAAGUCCCCGGUGAGGUUGCCCUGCGCGCCACUCGUGAAGGCUUUGCGAUGAGAGUUGACGCGUUCGCCGACGUGUUGGUCGGGGAGAGACAAGAGAAAGUGACUGACGAGGCCAUGUAUAGAUUCAGAAUUCCAGAACUAGAGUUUGACGGACCCAGCCGGUGUAAGAAGAACGAGGUGAUAGAGGUGAAGGUCAGCCUGAAGAAUCCACUCAACGUUUCGCUCACGAACUGCGUGCUCAGCAUCGAGGGAAGUCUCGAGUGUGUGUCGCCCACCGACGACGAGAUGCAGUUCCCAGACAUAAAGGCAAAAGAAACUUGGGAGGCGACCUUGACCGUGAAAGCUAGAGGCACUCAAAGAAACAAGAAAGUGAGAGAACUUUCGGCCAGCUUUGACUGCAAGGAGAUGCCCGACAUCACUGGCAAAUAUUCCGUGGAUGUGGAUUAGAAACAUGCUGUCACAAGCAGAUGUUCGAGACACUGUCUUGCACAAAUAUUGGUGCAUAAUAACACUAUUUUGAAAUUCACAAUAUAUGUUUGGUAUUCCUACUGAUCCAUUUACCUUGCUACCUCCGUUUGUACUGGCAUGUUAGGACUUCUUCAUCUAGCAGGUGACAUAAGCCUGACUUGACAGGUUUUUUUCAGAUUUUUAUUGCAUAAUAUGACUUGACACUUCUACUCUGUACUAAAUUUUCUGUGGUAUAAUAUGACUUUAAUAAGAUUCAUUUACUAAGAUACAAAAUAUGACACUUGUUUAAUUCAGAAUAGGUUUUCCAUUGCAUAAUGAAAUAGGGACUUUAAAUACUCAUAUCCUGCGACUUCCAUAUAUGACUAGUUUACUUUGGAAUAGAUAUUGUACCGCAUAAUAUAUUUAUUAUCAUUUAUUUCGAUUGCAUAUAUGGCUCGACUAGUUUACUAUGGCCUCGAUUUUUAUUGCAUAAUAUGACUCAACUAGUUUACUCUGCAUUAGAUUCUCUUUUGCAUAGUAUUACAUCAAUCAUUGAAAUAUAUAUUUUAAACAAAAGAUAAUUUUAUUUUCAGAAUAAAACAGACUGCAUAAAAAUAUUCCCUCCUGCCAAAAUACUAUUAUUUUAUACCCGUCCAUGGAUCGAAUACUUCCAUCGUUCAAUGGACAUCUUCAAUAUAACCCGUCCACUGCUCUGUAUGGUCUGGUUUUUCUCCAUAUCCAACACUAUGAAGGCACAUUGCUUCAGGCUCAUUUAGUUUUCCUUUGUAUUGAUAUUUGCGACGAGACAAAAUUAUUAUAACAAUAUUCACUGAUAGAGAAAACACAUGACAUACUAAACUUGUGCUUUGCUUUAGUAAAUAAGAGAAAAGUCGAAUUAGAAGUCUAGAACUUUAUGCUUAUGAAUAGUGCUUCAAAUGAUAAUUUAUAUGCAGCUUCAAAAUACAUUUUAUGUAUUUAUAUUUUACCAGAUACACAUGUAUAUGUAUUUACUUUUUUAUUUAUAUAUUAUUUUUAUUGUUUAUAUAUUAUUAAGUCAGU